UUUAUCGAUGACGCACAGUCACAGCACAGUAAAUCACUAGAUUGAAUAAAACCGAGUUUAUAUCCGGAAAGUGAUAUCAUUUUUGUUUAUAAAACACCCUUCAGUUCUUGUUGCCUGUUUGCCAAUAAGCGACCAUUGUCAACAGAAUCAGCUGACUUUGUGUAACAACAGAAAUACUGCCACUACCGCUGUACCAGAAGCCGAAAUUCUACAGAGAUUGUGAACUGAAGAUUGUGUACUUUUGGCGCCAACUUAACGUCCAAUUUUUGAGAUAGUUUAACAACUCGUAUAAAAUGUCUUCGGCCUUGGAAAAGAACCUCUUUCAGUUGAAAUUUGCUGCAAAGCAAAUGGAUCGCAAUUCCAAGAAAUGCGAGAAGGAAGAGAAGGUGGAGAAAGGCAAAUUGAAGAAGGCCAUUCAGAAGGGUAACGCGGACGGGGCGCGCAUCCAUGCAGAAAAUGCCAUCCGACAGAAAAACCAGAGCCUGAACUACCUGCGCAUGUCGUCCAGGAUCGACGCUGUUUCACAGCGUGUACAGACAGCAGUCACGACACAGCAAGUCACCAAGUCCAUGUCAGGCGUGGUCAAAUCUAUGAAUGUUGCCUUGAAAUCUAUGAAUCUGGAGAAGGUAACACGUAUUAUGGACCAGUUUGAGAAGCAGUUUGAGACCCUUGAUGUACAGACUGAGGUCAUGGAUCAAGCAAUGGCAGGAACAACAACUCUCAAUGUCCCAGUGGCACAGGUGGAUACCCUGAUGCAAGAAGUGGCUGAUGAAGCUGGCUUGGAUUUGAAUAUGGAGUUGCCGUCAGGGCAGACCACAUCCCUUGCCGGAGCCAGUGCUGCAUCGAUGGAGCAAGACGAACUAUCACAAAGAUUACAACAACUCAGGAAUCAAUAAGGCAAAAUACGGAGGGUUUUGUAAAGAGGAAAAGAUGCAACAUGUGCUUGCAAGCUUAAAGUUCGGGCUUAAGAUAUAUAGUAGGAUCAUUGUUCAAAUUCUAGCUCAGAAUUUGAAAUUGAUCUUCCAUAAACACCUGGCCCACUAUAUACUGGAUUUGUUGUAUUUCUAAACAGUAUGCUCGUAGUCAUUGUGUAUAAACAAUAUUUAACAACAUUUGCCCUAUGCUGUUAGACACGAAUCAGUGCUGUUUUUUAUUGGCAUUUUUUGAGAAUUUUGUAAGCUAAAAAACAAAAACAAGACAACAUUAACCCUCCUAUGAAAAAAAUGCAUUCUGAGCCAUGUUAUUACUUGGGUCAAUGCUGGUCAAGACCCCCAUUGGUUUGUUAACAGUAUGCCGGGGGAGAGGAAGGAAAUUUGGACCGUUUGUGACCUCUUAAAUAGCAGGAGGAUUAACGAAGAAAAACAUCACGGCAAUUCAAAGCAUGACACGCUGACAGAUACAUCACGUACAUGUAGCUCUUAAAUUGCAACUGCAUUUUGAACAAUUGUAAGUGGUAUGUGACAGUGAUAAGUGGUUUCGUAGAAGGAAUGAAACAGUGCAAAAGUAAAUUAGAAAAGUAUCAUAAAACAGCUUUUGAACCACAAAUGUUAGGUAUGGUGGACAACUGAGAUAAGUGACCACUGAUAUAUUUUAUUUAUCACAAACUGAUAUGUGUCUAGAUUAAUAGGCUAUUAAUAGCAAUACCCUAAAGUAUUUGUGAAUCUAAUUAUAGUUCUGUUCGCCUUUAUUUAGGACAGAAGCUUUUCAUCAAGUACAUACUUUACAAGAGGUUUUUAAUUGAUUUUUUUUUCAAAUUAAUUAAUUAAAGUUACAUUUUUGGAAGAGAUUUUGAUUAGCCGAGGGAUGUUGGGUGGUAGUACAUGAAGAUUAAGCGAUCCUUAUUUUGGCAUUAUUAUGUUGUUACACAGCAUUUACAUUGAACAGGUAAUAAAUAAAAAUAAUAAAAUGAUUGAAAUGCAUGUACCACCACCGAGAACUCCAACAUUAACCGUUACAAAUCUAGGAUUACUUACAACUGAAGCUGUAAAUACAAAUGUGUAAUUCUGGUAUGUUAUGUAUCUUAGAUCAUUUAGAUAUGUAUUGAAUUUCAUUGUAAAUAUUUCUCAAAAAGAAGAAAAAUCAGCAAGAACAGGGAUUUUUUUAUGUAAAAGAGAUGGGCCUUUCAGAAGUGUAUAGAGUGUAAUCGAAAGCGUAAAGCAAUCUGCACCUAUUUAAAAAUUCUGUGUGUUAUUAAAAAAAAACAUGAAAAAUGCACUUGUUCAAUGUUAUGACAAUUACCAUUCUCGGGUACCUGAGGGACAACAGACAAUGGAGGUCAGAAGUUUCUUGCUUUAACGUUCCAAGGGCUUUAUUUUUUAACCAUGAUUUUUUUCUCACAUUUCAUCAAACCAUAUUUAAACCUAAAUCACAACCAAGAUUAAAAUAUUUGAUUUAAAAAUAAAUGCAAUGUAAAAAGUACAUCCUUGUUAAAAGCA